AUGGUUCUUCUCAAGUCGCGAUGCGAUCCCGCAGACCGCAAAGCUCUCAUCGCCGUCACGCUGAGCACCUCUCCGUCCACGCUUUCUCUCUCUCCAGCAGCUUCGCCCUUCCAUCUGAUCAUCCAUCUCCGGGCCAUCGAGUCUGUCCAUCCAGAGCGGCCCAUUACCAUCUGCGUUUCUCAUACCGUAUUCGGGCACGCAAAGGGCGUCGACACUCCCGCUCGAGGAGCCUUUGGGGCUGGCCUAGUCUCUACGUCGGAUCCCUCCUGGACGAUCUCACUGGGGUACUUCAUGGUGCACGACGCAAGGGACGAGAAUAGCGACUCGCCGAAUCUGCGGGAUCGCGGUCUGGAGUUCCUGACCAUCCCUGCUCAUGGCGAGGAAGUCGUCGUGGUGCAUGACAUGCCACUGAGUCGCCUGUUCAAGUACUCCAGCCUGAAAAAGGAAGACCUCCUGCGGGGAGAGACAUUCAAGGUACGCAUGCAUGACGGGUUUGUGGGGACGAUGUGGUGGUGCUGGGGAGACGUGGACGGCAAUCUGAAAGAGAAGAAGUUGCAUGCAUGGCAGAGGGGGAUGAAUCUUGGUAAUGCAGAGAAGCCUAGUGAGGAGGAGGUCGAGAAGGAGGGCUGGGUGCUGGGUGAGGAUCCUGCGGAGCUGGAAUUCAUCGAUCAAUCCGGAUGGGUUGAGGUCGAAGUUACUGAAUAG